AUGCCGUCUUUCAAACGCGUGCAGGUCUCUCAGGAUCCUGACGACCCGAGCGACGAUGACUCUGCAAGUGCUGCAUCAGGGUCGUCCCCUCCCCCUUCGAGGAAACGACCUCGGACUUCGGCAACGCCAGCCUCCUACGAAUCAAGCGAUCAGGAAAACAGCACCAAUCUCGAUGAUGAGCCUAUUGAAAACGAAGAGGACUUGGAAUUCCGCCAAACGCAAAUCAUCCAAGAGAAAUACGCCCACGUGACCGAGGAACCCAACAAGCCCGCCGAUCAAGGUAUUCUAGAAAUGGUCGAGUGCUACAAUUUUAUGUGUCAUGAUCAUUUCAGCGUGGAACUUGGGCCUCUGAUCAACUUCAUUGUCGGAAAGAAUGGCAGUGGCAAGAGCGCCAUAUUGACCGCGAUUACGCUUUGUCUAGGAGGCAAGGCCUCUGCAACUCAACGCGGAGGAAAUUUGAAGAGUUUUAUCAAGCAGGGAAAGGAGAAUGCUACGAUCAUUGUGCACCUCAAAAACCAGAAAGAAGGUGCCUACAUGGCAGACGACUACGGGGAAAAGAUCAUCGUUGAGCGCCAUUUCUCGAGAAGUGGAGCGAGCAGUUUCAAGAUCAAAUCGGCGAAUGGUCGAAUUGUUUCAAACAAGAAGGCAGAACUCGAUGCCAUCACCGACUACUUCUCUUUACAAAUCGACAAUCCGAUGAAUGUUCUUUCGCAAGAUUCAGCUCGACAAUUUCUUAGCACCUCGAGCCCGGCGGAUAAGUACAAAUUUUUCGUCAAGGGCGUGCAGCUGGAACAAUUGGAUCGAGACUACCGGCUGAUUGAAGAGUCGAUUGAUCAGGUUGAGGAAAAAUUGCGAUCCAAGGCGGAAGAUAUUCGUGUUCUGGAAAAUCGAAGCAAUGCUGCUAAGAGGAAACUGGAAAUCUCGGAUCAACAGGCUUCCUUGAGAGAUCGCAGGAAGAAUAUUCGAGCACAGAUGGCCUGGGCUCAGGUCGAGGACCAAGAAAGGGCCCGAGAUGCUUUUAGUGAAGAUUUUACAAAAGCUGAGGAAGAGAUAUUGAAUGCGGAGGAAGAACUCGAAGAAUUUGAUGAGAAGUUCCGAGCGAAUGAGGCUGAAUCAGAAACGGCUGCGGAAUGUGCGUACCGGGCUGACAAGGCACUUGAGGAUGCUCGCGGCGAGCGAGAAACGAUCCAAGAGUCGCAUGACGCCAAAAUGAAAGAGCGUGCUGAGCUUCAGGCCCAACAACGUCAGAUUCGAGAAUAUGCCAAAGCCGCCGAGUCUCGUAUGAACGAGGCGCAAAGUAAUAUUGACGAUGAAAACCGCCGUCUUGCCGAAAUGAAUGACGGGAGUUAUGCUCGGAAACAAGAGGAGUGUGAGCAAGCUGGCAGGGAUGCUACUGAAGCCAAGGAAAAACUCGAACAGCACAAUGAAGGCGAAAGCGCACUAAAAGCCAAUAUCGCAAAGGCUGAAAAAGAAGAACAUGCUGCAAAGGCUAACUACGACAACAAAAAGAAUGAUGUCCAACAAGCCGAGAAUCGCUUACAUUCACUGAGGCGGGAAGAUGGGCAGAGACGCAAUGGAUUUCAUGAUAAAAUGCCAUCACUUUUACGUGCCAUCGAAAAGGAGAAUAGCUUUUCUUCACGCCCAAUAGGCCCGAUGGGCCACCAUGUUACUCUGCUCAAACAAAAAUGGGCAUCCAUCCUCGAGGUGACACUCGGCGGUACCCUCAGCGCGUUUCUUGUCUCCUCGAAAGGCGACAUGAACAUUCUCUCGGGCCUAAUGCGUCAAGUCAAUUGCGUGUGCCCAAUUUUCAUCGGGAGUGGCGGUAAUCUCGAUACGUCUGGCAAGGAACCAGACCAGCAAUUUGAUACGUUUUUGCGAGUACUUGAGAUCGACAACCCCAUGGUCCGACGCCAAUUGAUCAUUAACCACGGUAUCGAACAAUGUGUGUUGAUUGAAGAUUUGAAGGAAGCAUCAUCGACUUUAUUCUUCGGUCGCGAGCGCCCAAGAAACGUGAGGCGCUGCUACAGUAUCAACGCAGACGAUAGACGUCGGGGUAUGAUGCUCUCAUACAAUCAGUUCGGCGAUCCCAACCAAAGCCCAGUCUAUCCCUAUAAUGGCCAUCCUCGAAUGAAAUCCGACCUCGCGGCACAAGUCAGCUCCCAGCGUGAACUCGUACAGGACCUCAAACGCCAAGCCCACGAAUCGGAGAAUGCCUUGCAGUCCGCUCGCUCCCACUUAAAAACCUGCCAGCAAGCGCUGAAUCGCCACGGCCGAGAGUCGCAAGGGCUGAAGAUUUCGAUGCAGAAAAUGGAGGACCAUUUCGAGACACUGAGAGAGGCACUCGAGAAGGAGAAUGCAACAGAAGACGGGCGACUUGAUGCCUUGCGGGCAGCAUUCAAAGAGGCCGAAGAGGAUAAAGAAGUCCAGGAGGGAUCUUACCAUGACAGUGUCCAGGCAAUGAACGACAUGAUUCAAUCUCUGAAAGAAAUCAGACGAAAACUAGCGGCGAAGGACCAAAGCAUCAGCGAGCUGGUCGAAAGGUCUCACGUGGCUUCGAGUGAACAGUCACUGGUGGCGGGCAAACGUCGCGAACUUUUCAAUGAGAAAAAAUGUUGCUGUCGCGGAUAUCGAAAGACAGAAGCAUCACAGAGACGAAAUUCAGGAAAGGCUAGAGCAUGCAAAGGCUCUGGUGUGGGAAGGCCGAACAGGUCUCCCCCCCGCGUCGCAAUUGAUGAAGGCGAGACAACUCUCAGUCUGGACCACAAGCUUUCCAAAUUGAACAGAGACUUGGAUCGCUACGCUCAACAGCUCGGUGGCUCACGGGAUGAGAUUGCCGCAGAGGCUGGCCGGGCAGAGACAGCCUAUGUACGAGCGAAGGAUCAGGUCGAAGAGCUAAGUACAAUUUCUCAGCUCUUCAAGGUUACCCUCCACAAUCGUAAGAAACGAUGGGAGAUUUUCAGAGCGCACAUUUCCUCUCGCGCCAAGGCACAGUUUACAUAUCUUCUCAGUGAGAGAAGUUUCCGUGGUCAGCUCCUUACUGACCACACCAACAAGAUUCUGGACCUACAGGUGGAACCCGAUAUCACCAAGGACGACAAAACUGGCCGCGGUGCCAAAACACUAUCCGGUGGCGAGAAGUCCUUCUCGCAAAUAUGUCUGCUACUCGCCCUGUGGGAAGCCAUGGGAUCGCCCAUCCGAUGUCUUGACGAGUUCGAUGUAUACAUGGACCACAUCAAUCGAAGAAUGGCCAUCGACAUGCUAAUGUCCGCUGCUCGACGCUCUAUUGGACGGCAGUUCAUUUUGAUCACUCCAGGAACUAAAACAGAUAUCAGGAUUGCUCCUGAUGUGAGGGUAAAGGAGCUGGCUGAACCUGAACGUGGCCAAACUGCUUUGACGUUCCAAGGUUGA